GCGAAAAGAUCAACGACUUUGAUCUCAAUUCUCUCAAUCGAACGGUCCACGAAUUUUAUCACUUUCUUACCAACCAAGACCACGCUUGCUUAUUCUCUCUCUCUUGUUUUGGAGUUAGCAAUGGAGCAGAAAUGCUGUCGCUGUAUUUUCUCGAGAAAAUGAAAGAAAAGUAAAAGUUUUGUGCUUUGAAAGCUAUUUCAGUGUAAUUAUUCACACUUUUUUUUUCCUUUAAUUUACUUUCCUAUACUCUAAGAUGUUUUGAUUGAAAAUAUUAGCUUUUGUAUAUGGAUGGAAUAAAGUUGUUGGUUCUGUCGAUGUUGUGUUGUCGAGUGUUAAGUUGAGUGGUACCAGUUGUGAACUUUGGGUGGAAAGUAGAUAUCUGGAAAGUCGAUAAGCAACCUAUGCUUCCACACUAUGUAAUUUGGUCGCCGGAUUUAAAUGGACAGUUCCUCUCCGGAAGAUAACAGCAAGCAAACUGACCAAUACCCGUUGCUAAUGGAACGUGUGGAAAGCCAUAGCGAUCAAGAGCACAUCAUUAACGUAACAUGGCAUGACGAGCUUGACGAUGCUUCUUCGAGCUCGGCUCUGGAUGAAUUAUCCUCUAGAGUGAACUUAGCACGGAAUGAACAUAGAUCUUCAAGCAGCACACAAGCUUCCGGAUAUCAGACUUCUUCCUCGAACGGGUUGAACUCUCGGAAUUCUUCAUUCACGAGGCAUCGCAGGAGCCCUUUAAACUCUGCAUUAUGGAUUUUGUUCGAGUUACUGUUUAUUGUCAGUCAGAUUACAGCAUCUGUGGUGGUUCUAUCGUUGUCGAGAAACGAAAAGCCAGAAGCUCCCUUGUUCACAUGGAUCGUUGGUUAUGCAUCUGGUUGUGUUGCAAAACUUCCUAUUCUUUAUUGGCGCUACCGUAACCGCAACGGUGGUAUUGAGCAAGAUUCGUUGCACUCAAGUCAAGGUUCUUCUUACGGCAAUCCUAGUGAGUCUACACCAUUUACAGCUAUUGCAAUUAUUCAAGCUUUGGAUGAGGAUAAUGAUCACAUCACUGAAUCAACAAGGGACGGUCAUAUUUCCGGAACCUUAAGUACCAGGUUUGAUGUAUUAGUAGACCGUUUCAAGAUGGUGCUAGAUUGUUUCUUCGCAGUGUGGUUUAUCAUAGGCAAUAUGUGGAUAUUUGGUGGUCAUUCAUCUCCUUCUGAUGCUCCUAAAAUGUACAGGUUAUGUGUAGUGUUCCUUACUUUUAGCUUUAUUGGAUAUGCCAUGCCAUUCAUACUAUGUGCAGCAAUUUGUUGCUGCUUGCCCUGCAUAAUUUCUGUCCUCGGUUUUCGGGAGCACUUUUCGCCAACUAGAGGAGCUACCAUGGAAUCUAUAAGCGCAUUGCCGACCUACAGGUUCAAAUCUAAGAAAAUUGGAAAUGUUGAUGAUCUGGACGUUUCAUGUGCAGUUCUGGCUUCCGGUACUGCAAAAGAACGUGUGAUAUCGGGAGAAGAUGCAGUUUGUUGUAUUUGCUUGGCAGCAUAUGCAGACAAUGACGAACUGAGGGAGCUGCCAUGCAUCCAUGUCUUCCAUGUAAAGUGUGUAGAUAAAUGGUUAAGAAUCAAUGCAUGUUGUCCCCUUUGUAAAACCGAGGUUGGCAACACCAGUGACUGUACUUCGCCAUCAACCGGAGAUUCAAAUUAACAGCAGACCUGAAAAAUGACAGUUGAAAGACGAAGCAAUGUCUUAAACAAUUCGACCUUCAUAUCUUGUAUUCGUAGCUAUUUUUAUGUAUUUUGUUAUAUCAUAAUCGUAUUUAUAUUAUUUUAUGUGUCAAAAAGUUUUUGAGAUAUUCGUACA